AUGAAGAGCCACUAUGCGCCGGGAGAGCUUCAAGUAGAUUUUGGCUUCUUCGGUCGAAAUGUUCGGUUUCUGUUGAUCGUUCACGUCCUGUCGGGAUACUUGAGUACUGUUGUUUUGGGUCCUGAGGACCCGGUGCCUGUACCAGCCGUUUGCAAGGCUCUUUCUGAGAUGGGCCUCAACGGGCUGGACAUUGUGGUCCACGGUGACCAAGAAAACCUCCUGGAGAGUGUGUUCCGGGAUUCUGCGAAGCAUAGGACGUUUGUAGGACGGUCCAUGCAUUGGGUUCCGUUUGCAGUGAACAGGCCCCAGGCAAAAGGCAUUGUUGAGCGUAACGUUUGCCUCGUGAAAGAAGCGUUUUGGUCUGUUUGGCUAGGACUGGAAGAGCGUGUAGGAGGGCAGCUGCCGUUAGGGAGCUACUUGUUUAUUGAAGCCAUGCGGUAUGCUGUUAGGAUGCAUAACUUGUUUCAUGUGUCCAAGGAGCAAAGCACGCCUCUGGAACGCCUUAGGGGCUCUACAGUCCAAGCUGUGAAGAGUUGUGAGUUUGGGGUGGUAGGCUUUGGAAAGCCACAAAAGGACUAUCCAGAGCAUCGAGGAAAGCGCCUAGUGAGGGCGAUUUACGUUGGGCCCCAUGGCGCCAACGGCUCUGGGAUACGUGUCUUUGUUCCCUUAGGAGAUGGGAAGCCGCCUCGUCUGGAGAUUUUCAGCUCGUUUCGUGCCCGGGACCCGGUAGAGUUUGACAAAGCAGUGCUAGACCAACUGAAAGGAAACCGGGAGGACCCCGAGCGACCCAUCAAGUUUGAUCCUCCUCCUGACCCUCCGGCGUUGCCUGAUGGUAGUCUAGAGUUCCCUGUGGGACAAGCAGAAGAGCCUGGAGCUCCUGAUGCGAUGGAGGAUGAGGAUCUAGCAGAUUAUUCCCCCUCUCUUCCUGCUGAUGGUGAAGGGAUGGAUGUCGAACCUCCUCCUGGUGGUGUCCUUGAUGAGGAUGAUGUUGAGAUGGGUGAUGGUGAAGAUAAUAUCAUGGAUGAUGGCCUGACCUGGCUGUACGAGUAUGGUCUUCGCCAGCUCUAUGAAGGACCUGACCUUCGUGUGACGCAGAAGCUGAGGAGGGGAGAUAAUCCCGCUGAGUAUCGACGUGUGCUUGGGAAGCUCAUGUGGGCCAGUCUCACGCUUCCUCACCUAGCUUAUCCUGUUGGGUUUCUAGGUCGUUUUCAGAGUGAUCCUGACAGCCAAGCCGAAGCCUGUUUAAGAAGAGUUGUGCGUUGGGUGAUGGCGUUGCCUGAGUACCUUCAGCGCUUCUCUGCGUUUGGCUGGGUCGACCAGAGUUUUGAGUCGGAGACCUUGCUUUCGGGGUAUGUGGAUGCCUCGUGGAACGUGUGUUCAGUGUCUGGUGCCAUUGUCCUUUGGCAUGGCAUGAUGAUCAAGUGCUUCUCAAGGAAGCAGUCAGUGACUGCCUUAAGCUCAGCUGAAGCAGAGCUGGCCGCGCUUACUGAAGCUGCCAAGGAAGCUGUGUACCUGUCCCUGCUGUUGGAAACGCUCCUUCAAGGCCUGCCUGCCGGUGACACGGGAUCGUAUCCCAUUUACCUGUCGUCUGACAGUGAAGCGGCAUUGUCUAUUUCGAAGAUGAAAGGCCUGCUGCGUCGAGUGCGGCAUUUGGAGUUGAGGCAUCGGUACUUGCAAGAGCUUGUUCAAAGUGAGAGACUGCGUCUCACAUUCAUCCAAGGAUGCCUGAAUCCGAGCGACGGACUCACAAAGAGUCCUGAAGAAGCUAUGCUCCAGCAUCUGCUGGAGGCUUGUGGACUUGAGCGGAUCUGUGAGGAAGACUUGCAGACACUGUGUGUACCUGAACAACUUCGAGAGAGAGUGGAGGAACUUGAGAACCUCCACGAGAAGCUUGAAGAGCUUCCGGAGAACUUACUGAAGUAUCGUCCAGUAGCCGUUGAUUUGGCUAUGGGGGUUGUUCCUUUGCUGGUGGUUGAGCUGUUCUGUGCCCGUGAUAGUGCGUUGUGUGCAGCGUGCAAGCGUGAGAGCGUUGCUUACAUUGGCAUCACUCAGGAAGAAGACUUCUUGAGUAAGAACACACAGUUGUUUUUAGGAGAAGUUCUGCUCUGUCUGUUGAAACGAAAUCCGCCCAAGAUCUAUAUCCAUGUAGCGUCGCCGUGUACUGCAGGUUGUAGUUUUCGGUUUAAGAACUGGCACAAACCGAAGUUUCGCCAUCGCUGGCGUGAGCAGAUGAAGAAGCAUGUUGCUUCGUGGAAAACGCUAGGAAAGCUGUUGCAGAACCACUGCCAGGACGUCCUGCUGACUCAGGAGUGGCCAAAGACCUGUGGACUUUGGAAGGAAGAAACGUACCAAAGAGUGAAGAAGUCCCUUGGCCUAUCCUUUGGACGAGAAGUAGACCGAUGUGCUUUUGAUUUGGUCUAUAAGAGAUGGUGGUUUGCCUGCAACUGUUCGGAGUGGUGUGAAAUCUUCUCCGGGAAAUCUUGUGACAAGAAUCAUGUGCAUGUUGCUCCUGAAAGUCUUGAGGCAACCGGUUACUACCCCACCAAGCUAGGUAGGGCUCUUUUGCGUGCUGCUAAGCGAGUCUUGAAAGUAGCCGUAGAAGGGACUGCCGUGCGGACGUGUGCCGAGGAUGACGAACAGAGCACUUAG